CGAGAAAUGGGAUGCUGAUUAAAGAAAUCGAAGAAGAAUGAAGCUCCAAUAGCAGAAAUAGAUAACAACAAUCAAGAUGAAGAGAACAAAAACCACAAUGAAACUCCAGUACCCCUCAACGCCGAACAGGCUGUCAAAAAGCUCACUCCAUACGACGAAGUAAACUCCAUCAACGACUACAACAAAGAACGGAGAGUCCAUCCCAACCAGAACAUCCUAGACAAAAUCGAAGCGUUCUCGACCCCUCCCAAGAACCAGAGUAUUUUCUAAGCCAGAAUGGGACAAACCCAAUUUUGGAGAAGAACUCAGCAGGAAAGCACUAGGGGUCUCCACACAUGAGUUCAGGAACUCUAGCAGUAAAGGGGAAGAAGCUGACUGGGGGAAUGCAGCCGGAGGGGUUAAGUAUGAGCCACCGGUUAAAGGGAAUUUUGAGUAUUUUGGAGAUGAUGAGCGGGUUGGAGCUAAGCUGUAUGAGAAAACUAAACAUUUAAGGCAGAAUGAGAUGUAUAAGCCCUUUGGAGAGUCGACUAAGAUUGUUAGGGAUGUCACUAGAGAGGCUACUAGGUUGGAGACAUCGGAGGGUUUAUUUCAAAAUAGAUUUGUUGAUGUAAACCCUGGUCAGAGGAACAUCUCUACUAACCAAAUUCAACGUACUCCAGCUAAUAUUCUGACAUUAGAAGAACCAGGCGAAAACGAAUGGGGAAUGCUUGACUACAACCACUACGGUCCUAGAGAAAUCGAGAUAAUCAAGAGAGCAGAUAUUAAGACACCAGAUUACUUCAGAGUC